UUGAAUUUGCAAAAGACGGAGGGCAAGAAUCCCGAGACAAUGUCGUUCUGCGUGGACAUUGUCACCGAAGAUUCCUUCUACGAGAAUUUGACCCUCGGUGUGGUCAAGAUCCUCGAGAACUCGUCGUGCGUGAGAAAUGUGCGGAUCGAGAGGCGAAACGGUUGUGAAUCCGGCUCGAUCACCAACUGGGAGCAACGCCAUUGCUGCGCGCUUCCUGAGGACAUCAGGAAUUUCUACGCCUCCGUCGAUGGUUUCCUACUGCAGUGGAAUCUUGAUAUAGCAGGUGAGGAGUUCUCAAUAGGUCGUAUGGAAAUCGGCAGUCUUUCGUCUCUGAAGAGAUAUGUCGGCAGGGAUCGGCAGACGCAGGGACCGUCGACGCAGGACUCAUCGGGGAUCCUAGCGGGAAACGUUACCACGGAGCCGCAGGAUAUCAUGUUUUCCGGAGAUUCGCGUGACUGCAAACUCUUCGAGAUCGGUCAGUGCUUUCCAGGAUCCGAAAACGGUAGGGUCUACUUGGCAUAUCGUUCUAAGCAGGAACAGGACUCGCCCAAUAUUUGGCUCCAUCGAGGCAGCGGUUGGUACCAUCUAGCUGACAAUUUUACCACGUACUUCCGCAUGAUGCUGGCUCACUUAGGCCUGCCACUGUGGCAGUGUUGCGUCGCCGGGUUGCCUCUGCCUACCUGGGUCGAGCAGACGUAUUUUCUGGUCGGGCCUCACCUGCUGCCAUCCACCGUCGAACCUACCGAGACUUUGUCUACUUCAUUAUGGAACAACGGACCCGCUAACGUUCUUGAUCCGGCUAUCUUCAAGGCCAAAGACAGCAAGCAGAGAAACGCUCGCAAAAAGUGAGCUUGUCACAGCAAUAGUAUUCGAAAUUUUUCAUAGAAGCAGAGUUCUGUUUAAAAUCAAGCUGAUCUUCAGAAUAUAUUCGUAACUUUUGGAUCUUUGUAGGCUCUUGACAGAUCCUUUCGCAACGUAG